GGGUAAAAAACAGGUUACGUUUCGUUGUCGUGCGAGUCACCGGCGUUGCCUGAUUCACUGGCAAAUUCAAAAAUUUAGUGAGAAAAUCUCCGAUCGUUUUCACUUUCCGCCACCAAUCGUUUUCUCGUGAGACGAAGCUGCGAUGGGUCGGCCUCCAAGUAAUGGCAGUCCGGCGUUCCGGUUUAACAUGGCUGAGGUAAUGGAGAUGGAGGGAAUAUUGUUACAGCAUAAUAUAGCAAUGCCAAGUCGACAUAUUCUUGAAGAUCUUGCUGACAAGUUUAGUGAAUCAGUGGAGCGGAAGGGGAAGAUUGUUGUGCAGUUCAAACAAAUAUGGAACUGGUUCCAAAACAGGAGAUAUGCUCUAAGAGCAAGGGGGAAUAAAGCUCCUGGGAAGCUUAAUGUGUCUUCUUCCAUGCCGCCCGGUGUGGAUUCAACAAAUCAGAUGAGAAAUGUGCUUUCAGUUCCCGGUGUCAUGAGGAGUGAUUCGUACAAAUCUUACUUGGAAUUUGAAGCCAAAUCUGCCAGGGACGGUGCAUGGUAUGAUGUGCAUAAUUUUCUAGCUCAUAGAAACUUGGAGACUGGUGAUCCGGAAGUGCAGGUUCGAUUUGCGGGUUUUGAAGUUGGAGAAGAUGAAUGGAUAAAAGUCAAGAAGCACAUAAGGCUACGAUCACACCCAUGUGAAGCAUCAGAAUGUGUUGCAGUUCUUGCUGGAGAUCUCGUUCUUUGCUUCCAGGAAGGUAAAGAUCAAGCUCUCUAUUUUGACGCCAAAGUUCUUGAUGCACAAAGAAGAAGACACGAUAUAAGAGGUUGUCGUUGUAGGUUCUUGGUGCGUUACAGCCACGACCAGUCCGAGGAAAUCGUUCCCUUGAGGAAGAUUUGCCGGCGGCCUGAAACAGAUUACAGGCUACAGCAACUUCACAGUUCUUCCAAUGACUUUGGUAAGUCUAAUCAGCUCCAAAAACCCGCUCCAGACGCGGCUGCAGCUCCACAAUCCAGCGCAUCAGUUCCCAUUGUUGUACCCGAGAAGAAAGAUCCGAGUUUGAUCUCCGCUUCAGCCACUUCAGUUCAACCUGGCUCCAAUGCAGCCACUGUCCCCGCUGGUUCUGCGUAGGCUAUCUGCUCUAUCCCCAUUUUGUGACCAUAUUCACAGUCACUAGCUAGAACUGUAGAGGUUAACUUGGCAGGAGCUUUUGUAAACUUACAGUAUGACCAAGUCAUCUAAAAACACUAUCAUGCCAUUUUAUUUAAUCCUUCAUGUAUGAUGGAAUGAUUAUGGUCUAGUCCAGCUUAUUCAUCAUCUAUUGAUGG